AUGAGCAUCGGUGUGCCCGUGACCAAGUCCUUCAACAAACUGAAGAAGUAUCCGUACGAGAUAAACAAGUUUGAUAGGCGAGAAACGAACGAAUAUUUUUACUUGCCGGUCGAUUGUCCACGUAUGAAAAAAUGUGAUGAUGCAUACUGCCCUUUGGCACACACCAAAUUAGAGAAAAUUUUCCACCCCAUAGUAUACAAAACACAAGCAUGUCAGAUGGCGAAAGAUGGAGCUUGUGAUUAUUUUCAGAAAUGUGCAUUUUAUCAUGAUUCGAAUGACAAAAACGAGGCUCACUUGAAUUGGACCAUUUGGGAAAAAAAAUGGAACAAGUGGAGAAAUAACAUCGAUAGCAUUCUGACUCAGCAUAAUAAGAAUGACAAAGAAAUCAGGAGGAAGGUGGAGAGCAUUCUGAAGAUCCGUAUGCCACAUUUUAACUACAACUCAAAUAAGAGUGGCCUAUUUUUGAACAAGAAUGCUUCGUUUUACUCAACGUGGUCGAACAGCGGUCACGGUGGCGGUCUGAGCAGUGGCGACAAAAUGAGUAAUUUGGAAAGUGGGCUGGCAAGGGGCCUGGGCAGCGGCUUGAAUAACCUUCUGUGCAGUUCCAUCAACGCGUCCAUCACACACUGCCCCACGACCAUCUUUAAGAGCCCAUGGAAUUCCAAACCCCUGAAUAGUGGAAAGAAAAGUCUAAAAAACAACAUUGAUAAUAAAAGUGGCAACAACAGUAGUGGUAGUUCUAUGUGGAUAAAUGAGCUAAACGAUUUAGGAACCCUAAAUUACGAGAAAACGACAAACAUGAACACAUCUUUCAUGAACAAAAACAACAUGUACUAUGAUGAGACUCUGAGCUAUAAUAGCAAUACGACGGAAUGUGGACUGAAUUUUGAUAUGCUGGACAACAAUGCGUACAAGGUUGUUGAGUUUUGUUUCACCGAUUACGAAAAUAAUAGGACGAAGACUGGUUGGAGGGAUAACUCCGAUGCGGUAAGCGUUCAGGGGAUGAAUUCUUUCUUUUCGCACGGUUCGAAGGCGCAGGGAGGGGAGAACAAGGGGCCUUCCAACGUUGCCACGGGAAGUGGAAUAGUCGACGACUUGGUAGGCGAUGUCGUCGGCGUAGUCCGUGGUGCUGUCAGUAGCGGUAUUGCUGGAGAAGGCAGUUGCGACGUCCAGGACAGUAACCCAUUCCAGGAGCUGACCUAUAACAGGCCGUGCGAAUUUUUUCCAAGCGUGACAGAAAUGGCAAAUGGAGAAGAAGACUCAGCAAAUCAGGCAGACGGAAUGAACGUAAAUCUGUGCAAAAAGGCUCACACAAAUGUAGACAAUUUUAAGGAAGAGCUGAUAACAGACAUGAAUAGCAGCCGAGACGGAAACUUCGACUUAAUAGGUUCGAAAUAUAUUUCCAACAACUCCAAUAAUACUUCCAUUUUCGAGAAUUAUGCGAAUCUGUCGACCAUAUUUGAUGCUAGUGACAAUAAUAAUAAGACAGGCAGCUUCGCGAACAUCUCCAAUUGCAACACCUUUGAUCAUCUCAGUUUUGAUGACACGGGUAGAAGUGGAGCUAACAACUGUUUUUUUACAAAUGAGCAUGUGGAGGAGGGCGUGGGCUCCAAGCUUGAUGUGGAACUUGCAGACGUGGGAAGUGUAAUUCGAUUCAUUGACGCUGGGACGAGUGAAGUGGUCAGUGGUAUGGGAACACCAGUUUUGGCAGCUGAAAAAGAGGCCAUUGAAACCAACGGGGUGAACAACGAGAGGGAAUUAAAACCAGAAGACGGGGACAAAAAUGGCAGUGUUACAUUAACAGGGAACACCACAAAGGGCCAAAACAAAAUGUCAAAGAAGAAUAAGAAUAAAAAAGGGGGGGGUGCAAAUUUAGGAAACAAUAACGGAAGUAGCAACAGCAGUAAUGCACUCAAUGGAGGAAGCAACACCAGAACAAGUACCUUUAGCGAAGUCCUUUGCAUGGGGAACACUGAACUGAAGAGCGAACUGAACGAGAAAAGGAAAAACACUAAAAAGGAGAAUCCGAUCAGCAAAAAUUGUAACAAUGAAAAGGACCAGGGCGAUAAGAAAAAUGGAAGUAGCAAAUUUUUUAAUGCUGGGGAAGGAAAGAAUGACGAUUUCAGCCCCGUUGAACAGUCUUGUGUAGAGAGAGAGAAGGGGAAAAAUGCCAAGGGCAAGAAUGGCGAAGCGCAAGGCACUAAGAAGGGCAGCAAUACGCCUAGUACGAACAAAAGUGGAAAUAAGAAUUCGAAGAAGGGCACAACGGAAAGUGGAAGUAAUGCCGGCACGCCCAGGAACAGGAAGCACGUCGGGAGCGACCAGCGGGAGAGUGACCAUCGCGAAGGUACCGAUCAGGAAAAGGGGCAUAUAGAGCAGAGCAGCGGCAAGGAAGUCGAAAUCGGCAGUCACGGGAAGGACCAUGUCUUUAGAGAAAAAGCUAGCAAAAACGAAAACCCCAUCGAAAAUAGUAGGAGCAGUGCAAUAAACGGAAGAGACGUUAUCGUCAAAGGGACCAGUAGCUGUAGUGGGGUGAAUCCCACGAGUCAGGCGAAAGUUACCUGUGAGGAAGUGAGCGCUGUUGUAUGCACUAAUUCCAGAGCGAACUUUGACUGGGCGAAUAGCAAGCAAGAUACGGAGAAUAAGAAGGAGAAUAAUGAGGGCACAACCUUUAACAGUGUAGGUAGUGUGAAGAACAGAGGCAAGCCCAUUGACAUCCAUAAUGCUACUAACUUGAAUCAUGGCGUUAUGAGGAAAUCCACCACGGAGUCUACCCUCAACAGUGAGAACCAUCUGGAGGAGAGGAAGCAGGUGGAGGACAGCUGUUUCCAGACAAUCAAUUACUCCAACUGCACAGAAAAUAGUGUGCCCUCGAAGGAAUCAAGCGGAUACAUCAUUUCGAACAAACAACUCGUGCAACAAAAGGAAAGUAUGUUUUAUAAUUACGCGAGGGGUAACCUGGAUAGCAAGUUCACCGGAUUCGAAACUUCUGGGGCGAGAGACGGGGUAGGCGCAGUAGGCCAAAUAGGCGGCAUCCUGUUUGGAAAGAAGAGCAACAACUCUGCGUUCAUUUUGAAGGAGGGGGCGAAAAACUCCAGCAUGUCCCUGCAGGAGGGAAGCGGCGGAAUGGGUGAUGACCUGGGCGGUAUUUUUAACCUCACUCUGAACAUGGGGAACCCGUUCAUCGAGGGCAGGGGAAACCCAUUUAGAGAAGAGACAGGAAACCCAUUUAGAAAACACAGCGCUUCGAACGACACGUACAGCCAUUUUUUUAUUAAAGAGGAAGCCUUUCACCCCCUGCAGAAUAGCCAGUUUGAGGAAGUCACUAAAUCGAAGGAGUAUAACUCAAAUGAGAAAGAAGAGAACGAGCCAAUGGAUUACACAAACAACCUGCUAAAUAUAUUCCUUUCCUGUAAUAGUAUUAACGAAAAUUUCGAGUGCACAAAUGAAGCAGAUAAUAGGUUCACCGAUUUUAAAGGAGACACGAACCUGUUUUGUCACAAAGAAAAAGAAGUGACAAAUGGAAGCGAACUUUUUAAUUCUUCCUCCAACAAUUUUAACCCAUUUGGGGAUUACAAUUUUUUGGGCCCUUCCUGUUUACAGUGUAAGCACUACAAAAAUGAAAUAAAAAACUUAAUGGUUCAGAUAAAAAUUUUAAGAGAGGAGCUGUUCAAAUGCAAGCAGAUAAUAAUGUCGUCUGGGCUGAAUGGAGGUAAUGACAAUAAAGUGAAUCCUUGUAAUUACAAUUGGACGAGCACGAAGAGUUUUGCGGAUAUGUAUGAGAAGAAGAACUUCGUGUCUUCCAUCCAGGCGAAUGAUUGA